CAGCAUGGCAUCUCACUGGAAGUAGCCUUCAAAGUGGAAGAUGGCUUUUUACUGUCCCUAGGUUAUAGCCUAAUCCCUUUGCAUGCCUAAUGGCACACUGACGGUGAAAACUCGGCUUUUGAAAAAAGAUCAGCAGCUGAUCGAGCAGCUGUGGGGUGUGUCUCUGGAGCUGAGUGUGACCUCUGAACUUUCUGGAAAGGCAACUGGAGAACAUGUCAGGAGUGAACAAAGUGGAUUACUGAAACAUCUGGCUGCAUGAAAGAGAUUUGCUCCUGGUGAAGAAUGACUGCAGCGGCAGGUGUGCUAACAGGCUUGGCCAAGCUAAAGCGCCAGGACUCUGCUCGCUCUCAGCAUCGGCCCGUACCACCGACAUCGCCGGGCCUGGGACACGCCGCCCCCGAGGCCGCUCCUAGGAAGAGGAAGAGGCGCACCGAUGUCGUAGUGGUGCGAGGUAGACUCCGUCUCUACUCAGCAUCUGGGUUUUUCCUCCUCCUGGGACUAAUCAUCUUGGCCAUAGGGAUUGGCAUGGCGACGCUAGGUUACUGGCCUCACAGUAAAGUCAUGCUCGCUGGAGGAGGAACUGGAGUCAAGACAGAAAAGGAUGCAGCCAAUGCAAGCCACAAUGGGCAAGGUACGCCUUCCAAGGAGACUGAGAGCGCUCUGAUGCGAUUCCUAGAACAGCAUCUUCACUCUGAGAGGAUGAAGAUGCUUGGGCCCUUCACCAUGGGCAUUGGGAUUUUUAUUUUCAUCUGUGCUAAUGCAAUACUUCACGAAAACAGAGACAGGGAAACCAAGAUCAUCCAUAUGAGAGACAUGUACUCCACAGUCAUCGAUAUCCACCGCCUCAGGCAGAAAGAGCAAAAGCAACACCAACACCGGAACAGCACCUGUGCGAGAGAAGUCGGAGAUUUUCGAGCCUUCGGCUGCGAUACUGCCGCACGGUUAGCCAGCAACUCUCUCCUAGCCUUCUCCUCUCGUGCUGGAAGCAUUGCCGGAGGAGGGAGAGGUUCUACAGAAGAGGAGGAGGUGUUGUUAGGGGAUGAGGAGUAUCACAGACGUAGAGAACAGGCUAAGAUGGAUUGUAACUUUGCAGGACUAUUGGCACCCCUCUAUAAGGAUCGCCCAUUUUGUGGCCCCGGGGUCGGGCUGGUUCAUUCGGACUCCAUGCGUCACCAGUGGUCAGUGGAUGGAGAUGGAGAGAGGGGAGGACACCAUGCACGCUCUAUUGUCUCCUCCUCCAUCUCUGCAUUUACGCUCCCUGUUAUAAAACUCAACAACUGUGUUAUUGAUGAGCCGGAGAUGGAGGCAAUAACUGAAGAGGACAGAGGAGGAGAGAGAAGAGAAGGAGAGAGGUCGCAGCCUCUGACCUCCAUGGAGUCUCUGGUGGUUCCCGUGGCAUCUGUUGCCAAGGCCUCCAAACCACCGGGCCUACACAGGAGUAACUCUGCCUCCUCCUCAUCCCGCUGCUCCUCCUUAUCCUCGUCCUCCCUCUCCCCUGCUCCCUCCUCUACCUCAGGCUGCUGGCUUUCCCCGGGAGCAGCAAAGAGUGACUUUGGCUCCAACUCCUCUCUGCAUAUGCUCAACAGCCAUUCCAAAUCUCUGGACUUGGAGCGCAGGCCGAGCAUGCUUAGCGUGAACCCGGAGCAGCGGAAGCACCCCAGCUGGCCCCGACUCGACCGCAGCAACAGCAGCCGUAGUAACAGCGGCAGUCGGGGCAGCACCAAAGGCUACAAGCGGCUGGAGGACAGAGAAGAACAAGGAGAUCGGCUCUUGGAGGUGUCACAGUCUGUGGCAGCGAGGCGCGACUACAGUAAGCGCGAGAAGCUGCUAAUGAUAUCCAGAUCGCAUAAUAACCUGAGCUUUGAGCAUGAUGAGUUUAAUAGCAGCACACUGAAGAGAGGCAGCUCUGAGACUCGCUUCUGAUCGCACUGAACUAGAGGUUGAUGACAGUUCUGUCCUGUUCUGUAAAUUGCCCUCCACACAGUAUGAAUGUACAGCUUGUGCUGGAGGAAACUGACAAGUUUAAUGGCUACACUGUGCAGAGAGGAAACUCAAGCAGUUUCAAGAAAGCCUGUUUUUAUGAGCAGCAGGUUGUAGAGUAAUGGAGCAACUUGCACAGUGAAAGAGUUCAGGUCCAAUGUCAGUCAGAUACAAUGGGUCUACUGCAUUAGGGUUACAUUAGUUGAUCUACGACAGUGAUUCCUAAUCCAGCGUACAUCUGCGGUAGGUUAGCCAAGGAGUACAUGAAAAGACUAGCUCAGCUGUUACCAUUAAAUAAAAGAAUUAGUGGACCUGAGGAACUUUAGGCAGUGAAGGGAAAACUUCGGAUAAGCAAAUGUUUACAAAAGAUAAAAUGGUUAAAAGUGAUUAAAAGUGGAUAACUCGCUAAGUGUAUAGCUAAUAGUUGGAACUAUUAGCCAAGAGCAUGCACAAAGAAAUGAUGUUAUGAGCUAAACAGGAUGGAUAACAAGCUGAAAUACUGUACAGUAGCUAGCUAAAUUCAUAAAUGUUGUCAGUUAUUUUGCUGAUGCUACUAAAUUGCCAGCUUUCAGUACUGAUUAAUCCAAUGAAAUAACAAGACAAAAGUAGGCUAAAAGAAUUUGAAUUGUUACCUUAACAUAAAAAUAAGAUUGCUAGCCAUAUAAAUAAAUAGGGGAAAUUGGUCAAUCGUCAGUGAAAAUACUGGAUAAAUGAUUAAAAUAGUCAUCUAAUAGUCCUGGACUAAUCAUUGAGAAAUUUGAACAUAAAGGGUUUAACCAAAUAGUUUUUUCAGUCCAGAGGGGUGAACUGCAACGUGAGAUUAAUGGGUUAGCAAGCUAUGUUAAGCUAAAAGUCAGAGUAUUCUGUGUCAUGAACUUUGGUUCAUGACUUUUACCUGGAUAAAUCACCAUGGUUACUUAUGCUGAACACAAAACUUAUUUUGUUUUGUUAGGACAGCUAAAGCAAAGAAAGCCUGACUGGGUUGAACAUCCUUUGUAGUAUACUCCUCAGGACUGUUGGGAUAUGUAAGAUGAAAAAGGUUGGAUAAAUGAAAAAAGCUCAUUUGUACUAAUGAGCUUGAAAGUCAAUAUUUGGUAUGAGCACCAUUAUUCAUCACACAGCCUGAACUCUUUUAGGCAAGUUUUGUUAUUAUAUCUUUAAGUUGUGUUCAGGAAUAGUUCUCCAGGCUCCUUUAGGGGCAUUCAAAGAUCUUCUUUGGAUGUUGGCUGCCUUUUAUUGUGCUCUUUGUCAAGAUGAUCCUGCUCUGUUUCAAUAAUGUUGAUGCCUGGGCUCUGGGGAGGCCAAUCCAUGACUGAUAGUGUUUCAUUGUGUAUUUUUCCAUCCAUAUAUGCUUUAAGCGCACUGCACUGGCAGUGUGUUUGGGGCCAUUGUCAUGCUGAAAAAUUAAGCUGUUGCCAAUCAGAUGCUUUCCCGAAGGCAUUGCAUGGUGGAUCUAAAUCAGAUCAUACUUUUCUGAAUUCUUAAAUCAAUCAGUGUUGACGAGAUCCCCAACUCCACUGGCUGAAAUGCAGCACCAAACCAAAACCCUCAACUGUGUACAGAUGGCUGUAGACUUUCACUGUUCUACAUGCUGAUGACAAUUUGAAGCAACACAUUUUACAUUUGUCUUAACUACUCCAUAAGGCCUGUUACCAUUGAUUGUUAGUCCAGUUCUUGUAUAAUUUGGCAUACCUCAGCCUUUUUACUCCCCAUUUCCCUUUAUUAACAAUGGCUUCUUGACAGCCACCUUUCCACUGAGAUCAUUUCAGUCUUCAGUGAACAACAGAUGGAUCAACUGAAGGGCCAGGUGAAUCCCUCAGGUCCUGUGUCAGGUGUUUGCUAAUGAUCUGACUUUCAGAUACUGUUCAUCUGUAAAUAUUUUUUUAGAUCUGCCACUUCUUUUGUCUUCCUCUUGUCCAGUUUCCAAGAAUCCUUUAAGGAUACACUGCACACCAUGCUGAGAUAUGCCGAGUUUCUAGCUAAUACUAUUAAUACUUCUGCACAAAUACUAUUUUAUGCCUGUCAAACUGUGAUAUCUUUGACAUUCCUCAUAGACUAAAGGAAUGGGAACAAAUGAUGCGUUUUUGUGACAGGGUGCUAGCAAUACAAUUUGAAAUUGGUUCUUUGCUAAGUUGUUUGUUAGGUAUGGAAACAACACUGACUACUCCCUUGAGUUAGGUGCCUUUUUUAUGCUUAAAUUAUUCAUAGGUCUGUGUUAAGCAGCUUAACUUAAAACCAAAAAGUAAUGGUCAGGUACAAGUACUGGACUAAAAAAUAAAAAGCAGCCAAUGUCCAAAGAAGAACUUUAAAAGACAUUCUUUAAGUCCAGAGAACUAUUGCUCAUGACCACUUAUUAAUUACAAAAAAUGUCCCCCUCAAGGGAUUAAUAAUGUUUUUAUAUAUUUUAUAUUCCCCUUGUUAUAAGAGCUGUUUAACACCCAAAUUUCUCAUCCGUGGGAUAAAGGUUUAUUCUAAUAAAAUACAUCACAUCAGUCUGCUUAAUAUCAUAUUAAGAAAUCAUUUCUGAAGUUUUACCGUCACUGAGACAAUAUAACCAGCACUGCUACGUAAGGUUUUAUACAUAUAAAUCACCUGUUGCACAAAGGGUCCCGUAAGACAAAGGAAGUUACAACAAUACCAGUGGGCUCUGCAACAGAGAUAUAAAUCAAAUAAAGAUAGUAGCCUGGGAAAUACAACAAAGAAGUCAUGAUGUCCUGCAGUAUUACAGUCCAUCUCUAAACUAGAAAUAAAAACCUCAGUCUAUGGCUCUGCUACAGGCAUUUCAAGGUUAUUUUUACAAGAUUAAUGUAAUGGAUAUCAUUCAGGAUAUUCAGUCAUACAGUUAUCUUUCUGUGUACUAUCAUAAAACUGAGUGUAUGAGAAAAUCCUGGUUCAUCUGGUGCCUCAGCCCCAGUAUUUUUUCAGUCAAAACAGAAGGUAUAUUUAUAACAACCAUUAGUUAUUUCUGAUCAACAAUCAAAAAUAAGUUAAUGUUUGUCUAUAUCUAAAAAUCUCUAAUUAGGAUAACAGAGAAAAUCUGACUCUUUCUGUAUCUGAUUUAUUAUUGAAUAAAUGUUUGAACCUGUAUAAAAAAUAGUUCUGAGUAUUAGAACAAUUGAACCCAUAUUUAUUUAUCUUGUGCUGUCUUUAUAAAACCAGAGAUCUGUUUCAUUCAAGUGUUGUUUCCUUUAAUUUGAUCACAUUUCUAUGAUGGUUUGUUUUGAGGAAUUCCUGUUCUUGGAUAUCUAAUUGAGUUGACAUGAAUUUGCAUUCAUAUUGUUCAAUGGUUUUGGUUUGUUAGUGACCUCUGAUCCUUCUAAACACUUGUGUAAAUCUUUUUAGGAAACUUGUAAUGUGUGUAAUGAGUAACACACCUUAUUUUGAGAUCUAACAUGAUGUACCCUCCCACUCAGUGCCACAUGCUGUAUGAGUGUUAAAGAGGAACCCCUUUUAAAAGUGCAGAAAUCUUUUCAGAGAGCUUUAAUGGUCCCCCACAGUCUAUGGGUCACUGUCGAAUUUUAGCUUCACUAAAUAAACUGUA